AUGGGUGUGCAAAAGGAAGAUGUGGAAAAGUUCCUCCAAGGGAAUCCUGCAUUUGCUAAACAGUACUUUGCCAAGAAGAUGAGCCCAGCCUCCCUAUCGAAGUUGUCAGGGAUCCCAGAGAAACAGGUCGACUUCAGCCAGUUGCAGGAGCUCAGUCAGCUCGAGGAAAGCCGAAUUAUGUAUGACCUGAUCAAAGACAUGCAGGAGAACAUCAACAUGGAAAAGGUGGUCUUCAAGAUCCUGAAGAGAAUUAGCGCUCUCAUCCAUGCUGACCGGUGUAGCUUGUUCAUGUACCGGCAGCGGAACGGCAUUGGAGAGCUCGCAACAAGGCUCUUCAAUGUCAGUACGGAGGCGGAGCUGGACGACUGUGUGGUGCCGCCAGAUUCUGAGAUCGUCUAUCCUCUGGACAUGGGAAUUGUUGGCCAUGUGGCCCAGACUAAGAAGACUGUUAAUGUGAAAAAUGUCAGAGAGAACCAGUACUUCAGCUCAUUUGUCGAUGAACUCACAGAUUACGAGACCAGGAACAUCCUGGCUUCGCCCAUCCUCAACGGUAAAGACAUGGUGGCAGUGAUCAUGGCUCUAAACAAGACCACAGGACCACAUUUCACUGCUGAGGAUGAAGACCUUUUUUUAAAGUAUCUGAAAAUUGCCACCUUGAACUUGAAGAUCUUCCAUCUGAGUUACCUCCACAACUGUGAGACACGUAAAGGACAGCUGCUGCUGUGGUCCGCCAACAAGGUGUUUGAAGAGCUGACAGACAUUGAGAGACAGUUUCACAAAGCCUUGUACACAGUCCGAGCCUACCUCAACUGUGACCGCUACUCUGUUGGUUUGCUUGACAUGACAAAAGAAAAGGAGUUCUUUGACAUCUGGCCAGUGUUGAUGGGAGAGCAGGCACCUUACUCUGGCCCUGUAACUCCUGAUGGCAGGGAGGUUAUUUUCUACAAAGUGAUUGAUUAUAUAUUACAUGGAAAAGAAGAUAUUAAAGUAAUACCCAAUCCACCUGCAGAUCACUGGGCCUUGUGUAGCGGCCUGCCGACUUAUGUUGCUGAGAGUGGUUUUAUUUGUAACAUUAUGAACGCAGCUGCUGACGAGACAUUCGCGUUUCAGACGGAGCCACUUGACAACAGUGGCUGGACCAUAAAAAAUGUUCUCUCGCUGCCAAUCGUCAACAAAAAGGAAGAGAUAGUGGGCGUGGCCACCUUCUACAACAGAAAAGAUGGAAAGCCUUUUGAUGAUCAGGAUGAGCAGCUCAUGGAGGCUUUGACCCAGUUCCUGGGCUGGUCGGCUUUGAACACAGACACUUACGACAAAAUGAACAAGCUCGAGAAUCGGAAGGACAUUGCUCAGGACAUGGUGCUCUACCAUGUCAAAUGUCGGGAUGAUGAGAUUCAGAAUAUCCUGAACACAAGAGAGGUCUAUGACUGUGAACCCAGGGACUGUGAAGAAGAUGAGCUCUAUAGUAUCCUGAAAAAAGACCUGCCUCAAAUGAUUAAGAAGUUUGAGAUCUACGAGUUCCGCUUUUCGGAUUUUAACUGCACAGAGAUGGAGCUGGUGAAGUGUGGCAUCCAGAUGUACUAUGAGGUCGGGGUGGUCAAGAAGUUCCAGGUCCCUCAAGAGGUGCUGGUUCGGUUCAUGUACUCAGUCAGUAAAGGAUACAGACGAAUCACCUACCACAACUGGCGCCAUGGCUUCAACGUGGGACAGACCAUGUUUACUCUAUUAACGACAGGAAUGCUGAAGCGAUACUACACUGACUUGGAGGUAAUGGCCAUGAUAACUGCAGGCUUCCUGCAUGACAUUGAUCACAGAGGCACAAACAACUUGUACCAAGUCAAAUCUGGUAACCCUCUGGCCAAACUACACGGCUCCUCCAUCCUGGAACGGCACCAUCUAGAGUUUGGAAAAUUCCUCUUGGCAGAUGAGUCACUGAAUAUCUACCAGAACCUUAACAGGCGACAGGUGGACCAUGUCAUUCAUCUCAUGGACAUUGCCAUCAUCGCCACUGACCUGGCUCUUUAUUUCAAGAAGAGAACCAUGUUCCAGAAGAUCGUGGACCUUUCACACACAUAUGAGGAUGAAAAGAAAUGGGUCGACUUCAUGUCUCUAGAGACAACCAGGAAAGAGAUCGUCAUGGCAAUGAUGAUGACCGCGUGUGACCUGUCUGCUAUCACCAAGCCUUGGGAGGUGCAGAGCAAGGUUGCCUUGUCUGUAGCAGCAGAGUUUUGGGAGCAGGGUGACCUGGAGAGGACAGUACUCGAACAGCAACCCAUUCCCAUGAUGGACAGGACCAAGGCAGCUGAGCUUCCAAAGCUACAAUGUGGUUUCAUUGACUUUGUCUGCACGUUUGUCUACAAGGAGUUCUCACGCUUCCACCCACAAAUCCAGCCCAUGCUGGAUGGCAUCAUCAAUAACAGGAAGGAGUGGAAUGCCAAAAAAGAAGAGUAUGAAGCUAAACUCAAAGCUAUAGAGGAAGAGAAGGCUGCAAGAGAGGCGGCUGCAGCCAGUAAAGCUCCUGCAAACAACCCCAGUGGUGGAGGUUCUGGCUCCAAGACCUGCUCGGUGUGCUAG